AAGGCCGGGUGGCAUCCCAGAGUCUCUGGACAGCUCCCCUCUCCCUCUUCCCAACCCAGUUGCCAUCCCUACUCCCUUAGCUAUCCCCUCCCCCAAGGCAGGGCCCGAACUCUUCUAGACAAAGCCAGGUCCAGCUGGGGAGUGACGGGGAGGCUACUCUGCUGGCCAGGCUGACCGAAGGCUGCAGGGCACAGCAGAGCCUGGCAGGGCUGGGAUCACAGGCACUGCCCAGGGCUCCUUGGGCCUCCCUUCCACAGCUGAGAAGACCUCUCCAAGGAGCUCGGGACGGCUGGGGUCUGGCUCUGAGGAGCCAUGAGCACAGAGGGCCCCAGCCUCGCCAGCUCCCCAGCCAUCAGCCCCCUCGCCUUUCUCUCAGCUCCCGUCACUCCCGGGACCCUUGCAGAGGCAACUGACCCCCUCCCCAUGCUCAUCGCCCUGGCCUGCAUCUUCCUCCUGCUGGCCACCUGUCUGCUGUUCAUGACGCUCUGCAAGCCGGCCGCGCUGGACCCGAGCCGCCGCAGGGCUCACGAGUGCAUGCCCCACCACCCUGGGAGUCCCAGUGAGCCCCAGCUCCGGCUCUGGAAGCGCCUGGGCUCCCUGCGCCUCUCCCUGCACAGCUUCCGCCAUGGCCGGCCCACCGUCCCUCGACAGCCCCUGCCGGGCCCCGAGGACAACCGCGGCCACUGUGACUACAUGGAAUCUACCAAGAUGUAAUGGGGUGUCCACAAACAUGCCCCCACAUCCCCCUAGGUCUACCUGUAGAUCCUCCUGCUUCAGAGACCGGUGCUGCAGGCUGCAGGAAGACAGUGGUCCAAGCAGUCUGGGACACACACUCACCCCCCGAAGCUCCUUGCAUGCCCAGGCCGGCGCCCUUUCCCAAAGAUGAUCCUCAGAAGAGCACCUUCCUCUCUGCAGACCCCCUAGCUGCUGCUUGAUGAAAGACUUCUGGUCAAGAGAUGUGCACUCGUGGUCAUCUGGGCCUUUGGCCUGAGGCUCCACAGGGUACAACCUGGGACUCGUAACCACCUCCUAGAAGCAGCACCCUUGCUUGCCACAGAAGCCUUGCCCUCCAGGUGCAAAAGCCCAGCAUGGAGAAGUUGCCAAAUGGCAAAGGUUCCCUUUAGCCAAGUGAAAUGCUCAGCCUACACCGGGGCCAAGACACUGUCCUGUCAUCUGUGCUGGCCCAGUGCUGGGGCAAAACCUCGGGUCUCCCUUCCUUGGGUUUCCUGGGUGCUGCCAGCAUCUGCCUGGUGCCCUGUGGGAGCAGCUGCCUCCCUCCUGGUGGAACAGAUGCCUGGGUGCCGGCUGGGAGGAGGAGCAAGCAGGGCUCUCCAAGCAUGGUCUUGACAGCCGUCUUGGUGGCCCCUCUUCAGGGCACCCACAUUGGGAUCAAUCAGGAAGGGAUUGAGGAUGAUUGAGGAGGCUCCCUUCAGAGGCCAGGGCGGGUGCUGUGACAGAGUGGCAAGAGGCAGGGCAUUUCCAGCAGCUGGAGGUGAUGCCACCUGGACUCGGAGGAGGACAGCUCACAGCAGCUCCACACCUUACCCUGGGAAAGCGGCAGCCUCCCCGAGGGUGGGAUGGUCUGGACCUCUCCAGGACAGCUGUGGGGUCCCAAGUCCGGCCCACACUAGGGAUGCUAUCUGUGGUUUUGGUGAGUGCUUUGCUGAUGACCUGUCAAAGCAGUCCCACCCCAGGAUGGGCUUCUCAGAAUCCCAAACCCUUGACCUCUCCUCACAACGCGAGGGUUAAACACUUUGGUCAGGUCCCAAAUUUGAAGGGUGGGCAGAGGGAGGACCUGGGCUGCCCAGCUCCUGUCCCAGUCAGCUGGCCAGGAUCCCACCACAAAGCUGCCCCACCCCCAUCCUGCUGUGACCCACAGUGCAGCGAGCCACGUCUCCCCAAGGAGUGAGCUCUGGCUUGCCACUCCCCAGCUCCAAAACCUUCACUGGCUCCCUAAUGCCAAAUGGAUAUAGCCAAAGCUCCUCAGCGCAGUGUGCAGUGCCCUCUGGGAGCUGGCUCCAAUUAAUCUUUCUAGCCUCAUCUUGAUCCAAAACUCCAGGAAAACGGAAAGAUCUGUCACCCACUAACUGUGGCUUAUGCUUCACAUACACCCACUCUGUGAAGCCCUCCUGCCUGGAGCCGCCCCUACUGUCUCCUACCUCUCUUGGGGAGGACAAGGAACAUUCUCUUGGCAGCAUGGGUCCUUUUUGUCUAUGUCUUCUCUUUCCUACCAGCUUGGGAGCUUGCAGAGAGCCAGACCUUGUCCAGCCCCUCACUUUGACUCCCCAGUUCUGUGCACAGAAGUAUGAGGCUUCUGUGUACAGAGUGAAGAGUGGCCCAGCCUGGGGGUGUCCCCACCCUCUGAGGCAAGAGUCCUGGUGGAAGCUGGCAAAACACAGAGCCUCAUCUUCCCUCAGAUGACUCUAGAAAGAUUUCUCUCCAAGCAGGCUCUAUUGGAGAAGCCCACUGUCCCUUCCUUCCAAGUCAAUCUGAUCUCAAAAAGUGAGUCCGGCUUCACAAGAAACUUACCAAGAGGACCUUGGAGAAGUCAUCCUGAGACGCUGCAUUUCUCCCUGAGAAAUGGGAGAACUCAGGGCUGCCCUAUAUUAACUCGCUGGCUCUAGGAUUUCAGUAAGAGUAGUAUUGUGUAAAUAGAAACCAAGUCUUUGGGUUUAGAAAGUGGGGCAGGCCUCCUCCCUAAGGGUUUUGUUCCUUCCUCCCUUCCUGCUCAGUAACCUCUUCCUGGUUUGCUUCCCCUGGGGCCUCCCUGCAAAUCCUAGGCUAGAUUCAGCCUGUAGCCAUCCACCUCACCAGCAGGCCCUGCUGGCCACUAGGCACUGUCUUCCCGGAGGUUGGGGUGGGGGGUGAGGCUGCCCUGAGGCCUGAAGAAGGAAAAGUCCAGGAGUGGGAGGGCUCUCAAUUGGGUUUCAGGCACCAGGCCAGGGGGGUAUGCUCCAAGUCCUCACAAGCUGAGGCCCUGAUCGAGAGAACCCUCUUCUUCCUCCUUCUGGAGCUAGCCACCACACUCUCGCAAAUCCCCAGGGCUUUCUGGGCUCUCUGUGUUUCUGGGAGUCAGCUCCCUGCUUCCCAGCCCUUUCCUGCCCGCCUCCUGGUCCCGAUGCAGGGAGGGGAGCAUUGCCAGCCUCCCACGCUUCUGUCCCUCCCAAGCCUGGGAGCCUGCCCCAGUGGGCAGGCCCAGAUUCGCUGUUUGGCUCAGCCUCCGAGUCGGAAACCCCAUAGUUGGUAAAAAGACUCAUUCAUUCCGGGCCUCCCUCCCCACCCAGCAACUGAGGCCUCUGGGCAGAGGUGGGGGUGCACACCCAGAUCAUUUUCAGGGUCCUCCCCUCUCUCCCUCUGAGCCUUGGAGCUGUUGCGCCUGCUCCCUGGGCAAAGGAGCCCUUUCUUCUUGUGCCUGUUUACUUCCCAAGAGGGGAGCCUCGGCCAAGGGCUCUGUGAAAGCAGCUCUGUUCUGGGCCUUGCUGGGUCCUGGCUCUCUUCUCAACUCCUUUCCGGGAAAUUGUGACAUCUCCUUCUCCCCCCUAUUCUGAAAGGCCCUUCUGGGUGGGGCGGGAGAUAUGCAGGGGGAGGCCAAGUCUUCCUCCUGUUUGUGGGGAGCCAGAGCCCUAUCCUCAGCUCUGCAACCUGGGGGCCCACACUCCCUGGGAUGGGAGAGGGCCUGGAUUCCCCUUUCCGCACAGCACCUUCCAGAGCAGCAGACCCACCCUGGGCCCCCACCUGCUUCUGCCUCUGGUGCCACUGAGCAUGUGCCCUCAGGGCCGUGUGUGGCCCCGCCUCCCCCAGCCCACCACCUGCCCCAGAGGCCACCGGCCACCUGCCUGCA